AUAAUCGGAUGCAUGUAAAAUAGAGGGGCAGCAUCGACAUGUCGGCCACGGUUCCCUUAAGUAAUUAUUAUGUAGAUUCCUUGAUAAACCACGAAAGCGAGGAUGUUAUUGCGGCUCGAUUCUCGGGUUCUGGUUCGCACCCUACCGGCCCUCGUCCGACGUCCCUCGUAUCGGAGUGUGGUGACUAUCCCUCCUGCAGCUUUGCCUCUAAACCAUCCGUUUUCACUACAUCCUGGACCCCUGUUCACUCCCAGUCCUCAGUGGUCUACCAUCCAUACAGCCAUCAACCUCAUCUAGGAACGGACUCAAGGUAUGUGCGGUCAUGGCUGGAGCCGAUCUCGGGGGCAAUGUCCUUUCCAGGCUACCCUGCCAACGCCAGACACUAUGGGCUGAAGCCCGACGCCUUCCAGGAGCAUCGAGCCAGUGACUGCCUCGCCUCCAACGGACGCACCUACACGGAUUAUAUAUAUUGCACCACCGCUGACAUCCGAGAAAAGACCCAACCAAACAUCCCUUCUCCCGAGACCGAGCCUUUGGCUUUCGGGAAGCACAAAGACGAGAAACCAGAAUUAGACCCGAAUAACCCAGUUGCAAACUGGAUUCACGCGCGUUCAACAAGGAAGAAGCGGUGCCCUUAUUCAAAAUACCAGACUCUCGAACUUGAAAAAGAGUUUUUGUUCAAUAUGUACCUAACCAGAGACCGUCGAUAUGAGGUGGCAAGAGUCCUCAACCUCACGGAGAGGCAGGUCAAAAUCUGGUUCCAGAACCGGCGCAUGAAGAUGAAGAAAAUGAACAAAGAAAAAACCGACCGCAACAAAGAACAAUAAUAAAGGAAUGGUUACAACAACGACAAAAGAACAAAAAGAAGAAUCAGACACAGUAAAAUAACCACUACUGCCAUGGAUAACAACAAAGAUAAACCAAAAUACAUGAUGCCUCCUUCUUAAUGUUGGAUUUUGUGUUGGAUGUUUUUUUUUUUAUUAUUAACCCCACCUUCCAUGUUUGAUGCAAAAUAUGGUUUGUUUCUCCACAUGCACCUUUCCUUGUCCAGGUUUAAAAUAGCCUUUAAGGAAAGAAAACAUUUGCACUUGUGAAGAUACCUGUAGGCCUCUAUGUUUAUUUACAUAAGGAACAUUUGAAACAUGAAACAUAUUUUGAACAAAUGUAUAACUGUCCCAAAGUAUAAGGAAUGGAACACUGGAAUGAUUUUAAUUUCUACCCUCCAUAAUUUAAGACGUCCGUGCGAAUAUUCCUUACAUGUUUGUUUCUUGUGAAUGUUAUGCAGAGGUGUUGUGGCAUAUUUUGUACAGAAAGAGAACAUCUGCCCUCUUAACAAAUGUAUGUCUGUCUUCUGUAUAUGUGGUAACGUAUCCGUUCGGUGUACUUAUUUGUGCGUUUCGUAUUAUUUUGAUUGUAUAGACAACACGUGCCAUUCAUUAUAGAACGUGUAGAUAUAGACCUACUCAAAUAUAAAACUGAUCAUGAGGCUCUUGUGUUUUCUGUAUUUUCAAGCAAUCUCUUAACAAAACAGACGUAGAUAUGCAUAGAAUCUUACUACCCGUGCAAACCAAUGUAAAAUCACAUAUUGCGACGUAGAGCACACAUUUGAGGCGCUUCAAAUAGACCAAGCCAGUAUAUUUAUGAUGUCAACACAAAUGCACACAAACCAGAUUGCUGUUAACCUGGAAAGAAACAGCUCUAAUACAUUAAAUAGCCGAAUUUCCCCGCAAGUGGAAUAUUGGAAGCAGAUGGAACGUUUCCUCAUCUUCUGAUAGCAUUUCCAGGCUCAGCAGACUCUUAGGGCUACCACGCGCGCCCGUAAAUGGGUGAUUAUUUCGAGUAGGCCAACACCACAAUGAUGUAACUAAAUAUGAUUUAACGAAACAUUUUUGUACUCCUUUUAUAUGGUGUUGCGACACAAAAUUAUAUUUGAAUGCAUUAAUAUAUGUUUACAAGUCCACUAGGUAUGCACAGGCCACCACAAGUAUCCACAAACAACCACAUUUAAACCACAUUUUGGUCUAAUUGUAAACAUCCAAAACAUAUAAAUCAACAUUUAGUAGUCAAAUGUUUUAUAGAACACAUUAGAUUCCGUCAUUACUCAU